AUGAAAUGUCUCAGAUUUAUAUGUGAGGUUUGCCGCUUCCUGGGGGCAUGUGGGUUCUUUCGGCGAUGUGUUCAGGGUUUUGUCAAUGUUGUUCAUCCAUUGACACAACUUGCAAAGAAAGGGGUGACAUUCACAUGGUCACCAGAAGCAGAGAAGGCCUUUCAAGACCUUAAAGCUGCCCUUGUGUCAGCACCUGUUUUACGUCUGCCUGAUUUUGAGCGACAUUUUGAAAUUCAUACCAAUGCAUCUGCACAGGCUUUCGAUGCAGUUCUAAUUCAGCACAGUGAUAAUGGAGAACCGCAGGCUGCUUCAUAUUGGUCGAGGAUAUUGAAGGAUGCAGAGUCUUGUUACCCUGCCAUAGACCUUGAGAACACUCCUGUCAACCUUGCCACACUCGCCUCUACAGUACUAUGUGAACAUCAUUUGAAAGAGGCCCUCUGGAAGGAGAUCAUAGAAUUCUUAGAAGGCAAGAAACUUCGUCGAAGGGCCUUGCCAGCACCCCUUCAAGAAUUUGAACUUGAUGAUGGAGUUUUGUAUCACCUGAAAUCCUUGCCAGCCCUUAUUAUCAGGCAGGUAUGCGUUCCUCAUUCGCUGCAGUCACAAGCCUUACAUCUCGCUCAUGACCAUCCAACUGCAGCUCACCCUGGUCUCUUGGAUUUCCGAGCUUCUGUGGGUUGCUAUCGUUAUAUUCUGUCAAUAGCGGACUACCACUCUAGAUUCUUACAAUUUGUCCCACUCAGGAAUAAGACGAUAGAAACGGUUCUUCAUGGAUUUUAUAAUCCUUUUAUAACUCUUUUAGGACCACCUAAGCAGAUAUUGACCGGCAAUGGGGGUGAGGAGAGUGCCUGA